UUAUACACUCAUUUGACCUUAAAUAUUUUUCUCUCCUAUAAUACCAAUCACUACUCACACUCUCCACGUCUCUUCCUGUACAUUAUUGGACCUUUCAUUCCAUGGGGGACCAACGUCACAGUGGUACCCUUUCCCAACCCCUCAUACCCAUCCUUACCACCGUCGUCGAUUCCCCGAACGACGACAGUGAAUAUAAGUACCAUGAAAAAACCAAACACAUCGUCAGUUCCAUGUCAUCAAACAGCGGAAUCGCUUUCCGGCUAGUUUUUGUCUUGUUCAUUGCCACUCUCUCGAUCUGGGCAAGCUAUGAAUCCUCCAAGGGUUUCGACAUAUCCAUCGUCAACCAAUUAUCUCGCGACUCACCGGCCGGUAAGCGCUUCGAUCUCUUCUACGUCUCCGACGACAAAGCCACUCGUGUGGUUCUCAACGCAAGCAAAUUCGUCGAAGACCUUCUCUACGAUGAAAGUUCUCCGAAGAAGCCAGUGAGCCACGUCACCCUCCGGCUCUCCAACAAUAAAUUUUCCGGCGAAGUCGACGUGUCUCCCUCGGGCGAAGACCCACACGGGUUCGUUAUUGAUAUAAGUCCUCAGGUGAUGGAGGCGCCCGACGUGGACAACGCGAUGACGUCGGCUGUCCUACGUGGCAUGGCUCGGGUGUGGCUCUGGGACGGCGAGUCAACCGUUCCGCCGGGGGUUUUAUCGGGUGUGGUUGAGUACAUAGCAACGGCGGCUGGGUUGGGGCACCGCGGCGGCGCAGAGGUUCCGGCGAUCAGAUGCGGUCAAGACCAUGGUUGGUACAAGGAGGAGGACCCUAGAUCAAUGGCACGGCUGUUGGGUUACUGUGAAGAGAGAGACAAGGGGUUCAUCCGACGAUUGAAUGGAGCGAUGAGGGGUCGAUGGCACGAUUGGACGGUCGACGAUGCGCUGAGGAAACCGGCGGAGCAGUGUUUGUGUGUACCGGUUGAUUACGUAAUUUCCUGAUGAAAAAUAUUGGAGGUACUCUCAGGGCUUGUUCUUUUGAGUGAAAAACUCAAAAAAAUAUAACUCGAGUUA